AUGAAAGUAGCAGCACACGUUCAGCGAAAUCAUUGGACUGAACCCCUACCCCAGAUCCCCAGUUUUCACAGCUGGAUUGAACAGACCUCAGACACCCCCGAACCCCUUUCUUGCAUUCUUAAACGUGCCAGGGCCAUCAUCAGUCCAGGCAAGAACCACUUACCACUCGUAUCAGACGAAGACAAAGAAAUUUCUGACGCUCAACCCAAAUACCCCGAAGAACCCCCAUUGGACAACAAACCCUCUGACAAAGAAGAAGAAGACUCUGACGACGACAUGCCUAAACCAAUAGAAAAGAAAAUUGGUGUCCCCCCUGACUUCAAUGGAGACAGAGAACUCUCCUCUAGAUUCAUCCGACUCGUACGACUCUAUCUAGACAUCAAUGCCCAGAUCUACAAAGAAGACACUGAGAAGAUCGGCUUCACCCUCUCCUUCUUUAAAGAAGGCACUGCCGCCAUAUGGAUGGAAGAUUUUAUUGACCAUGCCAUGGAGAUUGACCUCAAAACCAGCUAG